UAAUGACGAACAGUCGGCAAAGAUAGAUUGCAAUAAACACGACGAAUCGGUACGAUGGCACUUCGGCUAGGGUAGCAGCUGAUUCUGUACGGUAGACUAAAGUCACAAUAGUUUUACCCACUAAUCGUGCACACUCCUUCCAUAAGACCCCAGUCCAAUUACAGUGCCGACACCAGAAAGUACUGCUUAUGUUAUUUAUCGUAGAACAUCAAUUAGAUCAUUAUAAAUAAACAAAAAACUUUUGUUUUCAAUAAUAGAACACAUGCGUCAGAUGUUUUUGCUGCGGAGCGUUUAUUUAUAUCAACACAGCGACUUGACCGAUUGAAUGAAUGUAUUCGUGUUCGACUGCCUUAUUUCCAUCUUAUAGGGCAGCUAACCUCACAGAGCCAGCCAGGUGAAGUAGACUGGCCUAGCAGGUCACCUUGUGCUUCCAGCGUGAGAUAUAAAGCAAACUAUUGCUCAAGAUAACAAUGUAAAAUUGGAGAAAAACGUAUCGUUGGCACUACUAAGUUGGCAUUCCGGCUUCUACAUCAGCGUCGUCCGCUACCGUCCCCACACCACAACAAAGGCCUCAUCGUAGCUUUUGGCGGUUGUCGGUUGUGGCCUGCAGGGGCAAAGCCAGUUGUCAAAAACAAUUUUCUUUGUAAAAUUACAGAUAGAAAAUGAGCAACUUCAGCGAACGAAUACUAGAACUCUUGCGUGAACAUGAUUUUCCGGGAGCGGAAAAAUUCGACGAAACUGACAUCGAAAUGAUGGCAACAAACAGGCAUGUUAGAGAUUUUUUUGUAAAAAUAGCAAGUAUGGACCCUCAGCUCUUCCUCAACAAAGACCAAGCCAGAAUACUUCAGCUCGCUGGUGAGAUGAAUGAUCCUUCCUUUGUUCCUCUUGAACCAGGUGCGGUUCGCAAACAGAUGUGUCUCAUCGAGAGUAAGAGACGUCGUGAUAAAAUUCUGCAAAUGAGACUCCGGCAUAAACAUGAGGAAAAACGCCAACUAGAGGAAGCGAUCGCCGUCUUAGAAGCAGAUGAAAGAUUUCGAACUGAACACCGCAUUAAAAGGGAAGCUGAAAUGGAAUUGGAAGAAUUACUUCGUAGGGCAGCAGACGAUAAACUUAACAAGGCACACGAGCGGGUUCAGAAUGCUAUUACCAUGUUCAUGACGAAAGGUCAGUCCCAUCUGAAGAAAUUGACAAACAUUGUCGAGAAACUCAAGGAAUCAAAUGGACUGCGCAAUAUCAUCAAUCAGGAGAAAUAUGUCACUCUUGCAAAUGAUAUCGUAGACGCGUGCGAGACGCUCCAUAAAAUUGUCAACCGACCGGACCCAGACCCGGAGCGCUACGCGGUACCACUAGGAGAAAACAAGGGUGUAUACCUCCUGAAAACGCUUCGCGACGCGUCCGCUCAGUUAGAUGGGCAGUGCAAUGACAUUUUGUCUGUCAUGAGGCAGCUUGGUGGCAGCUCUUUGCUAUUCGGCCGUUUCGAAAAAGCUUUGACAUCUUACCGAGAAUUGAUCCAGGACUCCAUAAAGAUCUUUAUCAAUGAGCUGUUCCAGUCGACAUCAGCAGCUUCUAAACGACAAUUGCAACAGUUGGAACCUUUAAUGACAUCCCUGGAAGCUGUAAUCUGGGCCCAAAGGUGUAUUAUUUCCGAAGAAACUGUGUUUCUCCAAAAAUGUCACGAAUCGUUUGAGUCAGGCGAUGAAUGGGCCAGAUCAAUAAUGUUGGCCCUGCCCGGAAUCGAAGGCGGCAUCAAAAACACGACGGCCACGAAUAGAAGGCCUGCUAACGUUACCCAAAUGGGUGACGGUUCCUGUCUGCACCCUUUAUCUCAAUCCGCGAUUCUUAGUUCAACAGUACUAGAGACAUCGGUGAAUGGUACGGUCAAGUCUUUCUGUACAUCGAUGUCGAGCGCAGGUCCUAGCAACGCAGACAAUGGAGCUCAGCUUUGGCGAACUCCCCAGAUAAUUGUACAGAUAGAAGAUACUCUCAGCUCAAUGACACGUUUUUGUAAUGCACUACAUCGGGCGUGUGAAGCGAUUCAGAGUGAUCGAAGGGUGCUUCGAGGAUGUCAGGGCGUUGAGGUGAUUUCGGAUAGCGCUCAAACUCAGCUCAGGUCACUGAAAGCGGAUAUGGAGAAGAAAAAGUCUUGUAUUAUGCGGCUUCUUCAAGGACGAGAUCAACUCCUAAAGGACCAGCAGGAUCAAAACGAAGCUCAUCAGCAACGAAUUCUAAUAUCAUUUUCCAUUGUCAAUCGAGACAGCUAUGAGAAAGCUGUCGAACACACGAAGUUAUUCAAAUAACAACAAAACUUGUUUAUAGAAGUGAGCAACGAUUACCGGACUUUGUGUAGUGUUAUGUUUUGAAUAAUAGUAUUUGAUAUUUUGUAUUGUGUACAUCGCCAGCAGUGCUUUGCCUUCUUCUAGUAUUUUCUACUUUUACCUGUUUUUAGAAAAAGUCAGUAUAAACUGGGACUCAGGGUUUUUUGUAUUGAAGAAAAGCUAGCUUUUAUUUAGAUAACUACUGUUGCUGCUGCUGCUGUCCUCUAGGUACAAGGGGUUUUUAGAAAAAUGGAUUGACGAAAUAGCCAUAUAACAACGUUUGAUCAAACAUAUAUAUUCCAUAUGGUUCUAAAAAUUUCUUGGUUCCUAUACAGAAGACCACUUUGUUGUUGUUUAGAUGGGUCCUAUUAUAUAAAUAGCAGACGUCAUUUACAUGAUAACAAGCCACAUGUUCGAAGUUUAGGGUAUACGUUUUGCUCAAAUUAUGACAGUAGAUGUCCAUGUUCUAACCUAAACUAGGUACUCCACACUCGUGUGUGUCGUUCCUCGGUCAGUAUUUCCUCUUAUACUUAGUUCCAGUGAUGGCUACAACAGGUGGAGGGCUGAUACAACGAAGAAUUCGUGUGCGAGUUACAAGUAUGCUACUGACAUGUGAAGGCACGAAUAAUGAUGGGGAUUAUGAAUUUGCCUAGGAAUGUAAGAGUAAAUACUAGAAAAUUGACCAGGACAUAACCAACCCUUAACCUUUUAAAGAUCGAUUGCAAACAACACUAAAAGGGCGUAUACUGAGAUUAUAUGCUAUGGAUUCUUGACACUUGUUGUCGAAUAGUGGCUUUAUUGAUGGCCUGUUGGCAUUUUGCCUGCUUACUGGAUGCAGGGGCGGAUAAAUCUUAUCCUAGACACGUUUGUUUCACUGUUGAAGGUUCAAAGUGUAAUGCAACGCUAAUGCAGUUCUGAACGUACUAUUCGAAACUACGGUCAUCUCGUUGUGUGCGAUCAAAAUAACGAAAAUCAUAUCUGACAACAAGGCCAAGCCAGCUCCGAGAUCCGGAAUUCAAUAAAGCAGACAUGAGUUAUACUGUUAGGUUGUCUAGAUCUAUUUAGUUAACUGAAAGUGUGGGCUAAUUUUCAAAUCAUAUAACAUAGAAGAGAGAUAUUUUGGUAAAUGUUAGACACGCUACACCUUCCUGUGUCAACAAUCAAGUCAGCGCUUUAGGUGCUUUCCCAUAGUAUCUGCUUGCAGCUUACAUUGCCAUACUAAAUUUCGAGAAAAUCAAUGUCUAUUGAUACUACGCCACCUAUCGUUUCUUUUAACGCGAAGAAGCAAUUGAACUUAUGAAGAUAUAAAUAUGGGAAAUAUGAAGACUAAAGCUACCGCUAGAUUCACUUUCACUCGACCCAGACCCAGAUUGAUGUACAGCGAUGAGGUCACAUUGUGCAUUUGAGUAAAUAUUUGACGUACUGUGCAAAAAUAUGGAAAUGGAGUAAUUCGAUAUUGUGCUAAAGAUAUGAAAAGAAGAUUGAAAGCUAAGCUGUUGUAGAAGCUGUAGGACAUGCGAUUUGGAAUCAGAUUUAUUUCGGUUUCCAUUCUGACGACGGCUCAGGUGUUUUAAGCUGCCGCAUUGGUGAGAGGAUAUUAAGCCUGAAUGCAUACUGAAAAAGAAAUGAUCACUCUUUUUCGCGGCAGAAAUAGAUUUAUCAUCAAAUAACGUAUACACCGUACACCGAAUUUUUUUUUCUAGGGAGUUUAUUCGUUAAUGCGUGUAUCGUUUGAAAUUUCAAGUACAGAAGUGCUACCACCAACUAUUUAUACAACUGAGGUUCGUAGCUCUCUGUCUGAACGAUAAUACCGAACGUAAAAUACAUGUCUAAACAUUCAUUUAGCUCUAUCAACUUCGACGCGAUGAAUGCUUUUAGUCAAAUUGCAUG